AUGGUAAAGCCUAUUCAAUCUAGUGAUAAAUAUAAUGUCAACAUGACUUCAUCUAUUAAUACUUCUAUUAUGAAUCAAAAUCGAAAACAAGACAUAAGGCAACUUGUUUCACAACCGAAAAAUAAUACAUCCAAGACUACUACUGUCUUACCAUAUAACGAAUAUUCUUUAUCCAAGGAUAGAUUCUAUAAUGCUCAAGAUUCAUCAUCACAAAAUGUUAUUGUAAAAAAUGAACCAUUGUUAUCAUCAACAACUAAUAUAACUACUAAUAACCAUAAAAUCCCGUUAAUUAAAUCACUUAAAUUAAAUAAUCCAGAUAUUCAAGAUUUACCUGUUGGUACAUGUUUGUUCUUGAAAAAUUUGUUUCUUACAAAUAAUAAAUGGGAAAUUUUGUUUUACGAUAUUUUUAGUCAAUAUGGUGAAAUAUUACAAAUAUUUGUUAAUAGAAAUGUGUAUAAUCAUGCGUUAAUUCAAUACAAAAAUGUUGAAAGUGUAAAGAAUGCAAUUGAAAAAGAAAAUGGUAGAAUUUUCAAUGGAUCAAGACUAGGAAAAGCCCAAAAGCCUCAAAUUGAUUACGAUAGAGAAUACUCGCCUGUUACCAAUUAUUACGUCGACCUUGAUCAUUAUUGUUCGUAUCAAAAGGAAAUUGAUGAAAAGAAAAAUUAUGGUGAACCUCACCGUCAUGAUAAAAUUAAAGAAAAACGAUCAAUGAACCGACCAAAUCCUUAUAAAAUUCCAAAUAAAGACUUUAAUGCCGCUGAACAGAGAUUAUCACGUGAUUAUAACAAUAAACCUAUUUCUCCCGAGCUUACUAACUCUAAUUAUCCAAAUAUUGAUAUGUCCAAGAUCGAUCCUAACUUUUUGAAAAGCUUUGAUUUUGUUUCUCUUGCAAAUUUGCUUAAUUCAAUACCGCAAUAUCAACAGCAAAACAAACUUUCCAACAGUGUUAAUUCAAAUCCACUACUACAACCAAACUUAAUAGUUUCAAAUAACGUGGAAUUACAAAGAAAUUCAAACUACAAUAAUUCAUCAACUAAGGACAUUAAUAUUAAUAUAAUUCCCAAUCAAUCAUAUUCGGAAAUGUAUCCGAAUAACUUUUUUCCUCAAUACAAUGCCCCUUAUUAUAACAAACCAUCAUUUAACAACAUUCACACUUCACAAAUAAAUCAUUUAUAA